AUGACAACGGCAUUGCUGAUCAUUUCGUUAGUGAUCGUCGUCUAUCAAGGAAGUGGCGUGACGGCACAAGAUGACCUCAUUGACGAGCCAAUUGCUAUAGAAACCAAGAACAGAGCAGUAACAAUAAUACACAACCCAAAGUACGUAGCUCAAACAAAACCCAGUAACCAGUCUCUGACGAAACCCGACUUGUCUACUUAUAAACCUGAACAAAGACCGCCAAGUAAACCGCCCAACAUCCCUGAUAACCUAGUGAUACAAAAUGUCAACGCCGAUGUACCUUGGCCUAAGCACGGGCAGAUACAAAAAUUACCGCCUCGACUCUAUUCCAAACAACCUACGAAGCUGCAACAUUCACCAAAUUCUAUAUACAAGUUUCCUAGAGUGAUUCCGCUACCACAACAUCAUAGAACUUAUUAUUACAAGCCCAGCCGACCGCUAGUGUAUGCCGCCUCAACUGGCGGACCUAUAGUUGUAAAGAGUCCUAAGUUCAGUUUGCCUGCUCAAGUGAUCAAUGGCAUCCGAACGGACAUAGUCAAACCACCGAAAAUUAGUAAUACGACGUCAUCAACUACUACUUCUACCACCGAAGCUACUACCACAACCACUGAAAAAGUUCUCCGGACGAAAAGGAUAUGGCCUAAACGUGUACAAGACAAAGCAAACUCGACUUUAUCACACAAAACGACAUUGACAAAUGACAACACGACUUUUACAAAAACUAACACUACCGACCAACCAGAUCGUGACACCUCUGAGAGCAAAACCCAUCGAACUCGAUUUGCAUAUAGAAACACAACGACUGUGACGACGACUAUCAAACCAGACACUCCAUCAACGCCACGGGUCUACCGCCCGGUUACAAGGAAACUAAAAGUAAAAACUACCACGCCAUUACCACCAAUUAACUUCACCAAACUCGAACCUAACGACUGGGUACCAAUAAUGCCCUCACAUUAUCCUACUUUCAAGAAAGCACCACCGACAUCAAUUACUAAACGAUCGGACGUAUUUACUGCCCUUCCCGCCGAAUCACAAAGUAAGCAAAUGAUGUAUUUACAAUCUUUUGGGCUCGUCCCGAUACCGAGUUCUCAAACUCCUUUCAUGGCCAGAAAGAAAAUGGUUUUUAUGAAUCGAAAUCGACAAUUGAAACCGACUUAUUCUGGUUACAGUGGGAAGCGGGGACACUCACCGACGCACUACACGUACGACCUAGAAAGCGAUGGCAGCCACCGACACCCUCGAGUCGUCACCAAAAUCAAACAUCAUCAUCACCACCAUCACCACAAAUACAUUAAAACUGUCGAAAAACCCAUCAAAGUACCAUACAAAGUUGAGGUUCCUAAGCCAUAUCCAGUGCCAGUGGAGAAAAAAGUCGCAGUGCCAGUCGAAAAGGUAAAAGUGGUAGAAAAACCGGUGCCCUAUCCAGUAACAGUAGAGAAGAAGGUCCCUUAUCCGAUAGGAAUUAAAAUACCACACCCUGUUCCUGUAAAAGUGGUGGAAAAGGAGUACGUGCCGAAACCAUAUGCCGUAGUUCAGCAGGUUCCAGUAGUGAAACAUGUUCCUGUGAAAGUCGCGGUGCCGGUCCACGUUGAGAAGAAGGUACCGUAUCCUGUCAAAGUCAAUGUGCCAGUGCCUGUGGAUAGACCCGUCCCAGUACCAGUGAAGGUAGAGAGGCAAGUGCCCUACCCGGUACCAGUCAAAGUACUCGUCCCACAGCCGUAUCCUGUCGAAACGAAAGUACCUUACCCAGUCGAAGUAAAGGUCAAAGAACCAGUUGAAGUAAUUAAACACGUUCCAGUGAAGGUGCCUUAUCUCCAGCCGUAUCCUGUAAAAGUACCACAACCGUAUCCAGUAACCGUUGAGAAAAAAGUGCCUUAUCCCGUCGAAGUAGAGAAAAAAGUUCCAGUACCAAUUGAAGUGCGUGUUCCUCAAAAAGUAGAAGUGGAGAAACGUGUACCCGUGUAUGUACCCAGGCCUUACCCUGUCGAAAAAAAAGUACCCUAUCCAGUGAAAGUUCCGUAUCCAGUUAGAGUACCUGUAAAAGUGCCCGUGAAGGUACCAGUGGAAGUGCCGAUUGUCGUCCACAAUCCCUAUCAAUUGUACGAUGGCAAUUCGUACAGUUCUCAGUUCACAGAGAAUUACGUGACUGACAGUACACCUAUAAUUUCAAGUACACCCCAUCAUACGGUGACCGUGCACGGUAACACGGGUUUCCAUGGAUUCCAGUCUCGGUCCGACAAUGAGGAGACAACGACCACGACGACCUUAAGUAGUUAG